AUGCCCGAACAAGCUGACGGCCAGAGAGCACUAGCUGUCUCCUUGGAGGCUGGAAGAUUUUCCGUUCUCGUGGAGCAAGUAUAUAAGCCUAGUCUGCGUCGUGUACUUGACCCGGGGCCGCUACAGGUCUCCAUUAAAAAUACUUAUGCCCCAGGUGCAGAGCUCCCAGGAGCUCUCGGCAAAGGUCAGGCCAUUGCAACCGCUCUGGGGAACCUCUUCAAAUUCUGGGCAUCUUUGACCGUUCUAGGCGCGGUAAUAGCUGACCAGUCUAUUGGUAAAUUCAAAGCAAUUAGCAUUUACAUCAUCGGGCCGGUCCUCCUCGUAGCUACUGCUACGCCUGCGGCAAUCAAAGGGGCUCAGCAUUUGGUGGACUGGUCGCUUCGAUGGUCAUUAUUGGGCUAG